GUUUUUUUGAACCACAACGUUGGAGAUCAAUCAUACCAAGAAGACUUCUGCGUAAGAAUCACACUGAUCAUGUCAGACGAAGGGAUAGAGCUCCAACCCGUCGGUUCAUCCACUCUCAAGCCUCGGAUUCCACCCCGCCAUCCCGAUACGGCUCCUGGUGGACUUGGCGCAGCGUACCGCGCAGCAGAGGACAAGGCGAAAGCAGCUGUACACCUACAAGAGGGCAAUUUGGAUAACGUCUCUGUCUGGGGUCUCGUAGCGGCUGGAUGGUUCACGAUACUUGCUCUUCCACUCCUACUGUUUCCUCGAAUUCUGGUGUUCUUCUCUCAGACGCCAGCGCCUGGACCCGGUAUCGCCAAUCUCGAAAGGGACCACUACGAUACCCUCACCCCUUUGGAAUCCUUUCUCGCACUUACACUCGCCCUUGGACUCGUGUCUCUUGCCCUGUUGGUCUUUUUGACCCUCGUGCCUUCUUAUACGCCUCCCAGUCCGUCUCGCUGGCCCCUCUUGGCCAUCAUCGUCGGUCUGACAAGUACCAUGAGUGUCAUCGCUUGGAACGCACCUAUCGGUGGACUGGGAAAAGUGACCGGUAUAGGUAACACUCUCGUAGCGAUCUGGGGAUGGUGGGUCGUCGUCUUUGGUCAAGGAAGAAGCAACAUGGCCAACGUAGGAAAGAAAAUACAUCCUAAGCGAUGGGAAAAGUUGUAAAGACCGCGAAGACCAUCAUGAUAUAGCAUGUACGAUACA